AUGGGGCAUCAUGAUCAUGGGCCUGGCUUCGUCGAUACCAAGUACAAUCUACAGAAAGAGGAAAAAGAACCGCAGUUGGAGUUUUUCAACUAUCAUGAAUUUCUCAUACCCAAUCAAGACUCGUCACAGGCGGCGUUAGUCAUUAACCACUUUCCCAAUUUCUUCGCCGACAAGUCAUCAAGCACAUUCCACAAGACGAGGAUUGCUCGAAUACCAAGGUGCUAUGACACGGUUACUUUUUCUGAUUUGAUACCACAGUUUUCUACAAUAUACCCUGGUCAGGAAGAAGGUGCCAUCAAAACAAACGGGGCGGGGAAUGUUGCAACUGGGUUUUAUGAUGGUGGGAAAUUUGGAACCACGUCCGAGGUGGUUGGACUCGAAAGUGUACUACCAAAGGAAGAUCUACUACUGAUUAUUACCCAGGUCAAUAGUAUAUUGUAUGAUGCAUUUUACCCAUUCUGUGUCAUCAUAUUGAUAGAGAAUGUCUUGGACAUUGUAACCGGUGGUUUAUUCAUUCAAUUAUUGAACUUUUUCAGUGCUCAUACCCACACAAAGAGAAAAGUUUUGGAAUUGGAACGAUUUGUUGAGGAUGUUAAUAGCAAGUGGCGAUCAAGAGACCUUGAAAUAAUAUCGCCUAGAAAAACGGGAUACCUCUCCAUUUGUAUAGUCUAUGUACCAAAUGAAGAGUAG